UUCAAUACUUCCUUACUGAUCUAAACAAUAUUUGUAACAAAAUUAUAAGAAUUAAAUUUCACAAUUUUGAAAAAUCGUAACGGACCGCUGGAUUAAGUAACUGCAGGCCGCGAGGUUGAUUGGCCUCUUAUAGAGGAAUCUAAAAAUGGGAACUCAGGAGUUUUACAAUUGCCGGUGGGAAAUACUUUGGUUGUUGCCAGUCUAAAAUUAAUAUUUCUAUGGCUUAUUUCAUUAGCACCGGUGUUAAUUUCAAGACAGCUGAUUGUAACAAUUUAUUUGUUAAAAGUUUUCUAUUAUUAAAGGUUAUUAAAUAUUAAGGCACGAAAAGUAUAAUCUACAAGAACGUAAACAUUAAAUUGAAAUAGAAAUCGUAAAUUUAUUUCGUUGAAUUGAAAAAUAUGGAAGUAGUUGAUGCUCGUUAUUCUGCAUUGACAAAUUUUGAAGUUUUGGAAAUUUUAAGAAAUAUGAAAGAUAUAAAGAAAACGCCGGGGUUGAGAAAUUUAGCAACGACAACUUAUGAGUUUUUGGAAGAAUCUUCCUGUAAAAAUCAAACAAAAGAAGGCAUACAAGCUUUUAUUUCUGAAAUUAAACAAUUUAAAUUUACAAGAAAUGAGUGUUUAAUGUUGUUUAGUGGUCCACCCAUAAGUCCUUUACACUUUCAAUUGCUUAUUGAGGAGAGUGAAGAACGUUUGACGGAAGAGCAAGUAAGCAAAGUAUUGGAAAUAAUAGGAAAUUACUUAAUACCAAAUGAACAAAAUAAAAAUAAA